CAUUACUUUUUUUCUGUAGCUCCAAAGUAUAUUUGGAUCAGAAGAACGUUUAACUAGUAACUGGGAACUCAAAAUCCGUCCCAAAGAAGACACUAAUAUAUACUUGAUGUUUACACCCACUCGUGUAACUUGCUUCUUUGCAAAGCUGGAAAUCAAACAGCUGGGAAUUAGAUCACAGCCAGGAAUUAAGUUUACUAUACCUUUAUCUGGAUAUGGAGGAACCAGCAGUAUAGUUUUAGAGAGCGUUAAAAAACUGUCAGACAGCUACACGUUAACACUCGAUGGAUUACUGCCUUCAAGAUUAAAAAGAGUUUCUUUCCGCAUAAGAAAUACAGGCUCUCGUGCUGCGUAUGUGAAAGCACUGUGCUUUGCCAACCUACAGACAAAAACAGUUGUAGACCCUCAGGUAAUGACGAUAUCUCCAGAGAAGUUCAUACUGACAGAAGGAACACAUGAAAUGAUUACAGUAACGUGGAAUCCCGUAGAAAAGGAAAGGAACUUUUUUAAACCAAAGACACUGUUAUCAACAAUAUGUUUCUUUUGUGGUGAUGAAAUUUCCAGGCAGCGAUAUCGUAGAGCUAUGAUGUGUGAACUUGAGGUAGCAAAACCCAUAGUCCCGGAAAACAGUUUAUUAAGAAACAUUGUAUUUGAUGAAGAGUUUCAAGGGGAGCAGCUUGUGACAGAAGUAUGUGAUAUCCCACGAGGGACAAAUGAUAUCCGUCUUUUCUAUGCAAAUAUGCGAAAAAUUAUCCUCACUGUGAUUGGAUAUUUUGUUGUUAAUCGGGAUGUUUUUCAGCAAUCUCCUGGACAUCAUUUGGAAUCAAACCGAUCUGAGAAUGCUGCAGGACUUAUCAAUGCAACGUUGGAUGUUCUUCCUGUUAAAGGGCCUCAGGGUCCCCCAUUACCUGUGAAAACCAAUGAUGAAGUUCAGAAUAGAAUAGAUGCUCAACAGACUUGGGCUGUUAACCCUGAGCACUUGAUUUUGCUACCUCCUUCUAUUAGUGGAACAGCUGAUACUGGACAUGUACAAAUUGUCAACAAUUCUAGUAGGAUGCUGACAUUUGAGCUUUCAUGGCCAGCUCACUGCCUUACUAUAACCCCUCAACACGGAGUUAUUGAACCAGAGAGCCGUGCACUAAUUCUGGUGAGUCCUAAUCCAUCACUUGCCACAAAACCCUCUGUCAUUCCUUGGAGUGGGCUAAUCUACAUCCACUGUGAUAAUGGACAAAAAUUUAUUAAAGUGCAGAUUCGUGAGGCGCAGGAUGUGUCUGGAACAAGCUCUCCAUCUAGAAGACGUGAUUUAUUUACUCUACAGUCUGCAAGUCCUACUGUUCACGUGGCAAAACCUCUCUCAGCACAUCCUUUCACAAAAAUGGAAAUAAAGAGCAGAUCGAUAAUUUUUCCUAAAACAAGAGCUGGUGAAUGCACAGAGAGUUACCUGGAAAUGGAGAAUAAGGGGGAUGAAAAUGUCAGGUGGAAUUUGUCAUCAUUUACUCCACCCUAUGUUAAAGCCAUGGAUGGAACUGGUUCUGUUUAUAGAGCUACUUACUCUGCUUUCAGAUGUUACCGUGUUUCUGGUACACUUGAAGCUUAUGGAAAAGAGAAGGUUUCUCUAAUAUUUUUACCUAGAGAAAGUGGGGAUUACUCUCAGUUCUGGGACCUUGAGUGUCACCCUGUUGAGAAACCUAGUUGGAAACACAAAUUAAGGUUUCAGCUUUCUGGAACAGGUACUAAAGCAGAAAAUACAGCUGCAGUUGGAAGGGCUUCCGCGGAUACCCUCAUAGAAGCUGGAAGCCCAGUUAUACCUAAAAGGAAGGUUUGCUCCGAAGCUUGUAAAACUAAAGCAGGACUAAAUGAGAUAACUCGUGGGGUGUAUGCACCGGAAGACCUGUACACUUUUCUUCCAACUAGAGUUGGGGAAUCACGCACGUUAAAAGUCAACUUGCGGAAUAAUUCAUUUAGAACACAUUUGCUGAAAUUUUUGAGUCCCAAUGAGCCUUUCUACAUCAAGCACUCAAAAUACUCUCUAAGAUCUCAUCAUUACAUCAAUGUGCCAGUCCAGUUCAAGCCACAGGCAGAAGGCAUAUUUGAAGGUCUCUUGGCAGUGCACACGACCAAAUAUGGCUGUAUUAACAUUCGACUAUGUGGUAAAGCUAUUGCAGAAGAAUAGUCUGAAUAGCUUACAAUUGUUUAGGACGGUUUAAGCCAUUUAAAAUAUUCAAUGAUUUGCUACUACAUUUCCAUACUAACCUUUUAUUUGUUUUGCCCUGUGAUGCUGCUCUGAUGGAAAGUCAUCUUUAAGAUGAAUUAUGGUGCUUGUUUUUCAAGUGCUUUUUCAUAGUAAAAACACUGAGAAAUAAUAUUCUAUGUUUUAAAGUUACCAUGUUCUAACUUAUGUUUCUGCACUUUUGUUGAAAAGGAAGGUUUCUAUUUUUGCAUUUAUUAGGAAGAGCCAGAUAUAAUGUAUUUUAUUUUCAACAUUGUAAAUACAGAAAUAAAGUAUGUGUUAACCGUUGG